AUGAAGCAGCAAAGCAAUCAAGCGUCGGUCGCGAAGUACAGGACGAGUUUGAGAAGAGAGCGGGCUAUAUUUCGCGCUCCCCAUAUCGCGAAGUACCGCGCUCUUGCCUUGACUGCCGUGCCAGAACCCCCCGAGCCCGAAGCACCGAGGUACACGCCGCCUCCGAUCUCGUGGCUUCUAGCGGACGCUCAAUUCACCCCCAACGAGGUGAAGUCGAGGUUCGGCUCGGGGGAGAUCCAACUGAGUCACUCGUCUUGGUCCCUCAAGUUUCAUCCAGACAAGGUCGAGGGAAGAAGCGCGAACCAUCUAGAGGACUUUCAACGGCACUACAGCCACAAGCUACGUGGCAUUGAGAAGGGAGAAGUGGAACGGUCUCACAGAGCGAUCCAGGCUCUCUACGCUACCGAGUUGUUUGCGCCUUUGAAUGAGCAACGUUUCAAGCCCGGACUCAUCGCUCAGAAAGCAGGGGGGGUGCUUUGGAAGGCUUGGCUGAACGUGGAGGCUGCACUCGUCACAGAUUAUACGGUGUACCUACAGAGACUCGCUGAGUUUGAGGAACAGAUGGAGCGUUCGAAGGAGUUGCUCGAUGCAGCAAGGAAGGCUUGGGUUGAAGUUAAACUCGAGAGAAGGUUCCGAUUGUCGAAGGCCUUUCGAAGGUGCCACACCUCGCUUGACAAGUAG